GACCACCACCUCACUCACCCAACCGCUAGAAUCACAAGUCUGAGCCGUCUCCGCUAACGGUUUUUAAGCGCUCCAGCACCCACCUUUUAACCCAAAGACCAACAGAAAGGGGAAACGAACGAUAUGCCUCGCCCCGGUUAUAAUUCCGCAAUCCCAGGAUACCGGCCCUCCGUCAAUGCAGCCAAGCCGAAUCUGAUCAAAUUGUUCAACACGCAAUCGAGAACACUCUUCAAACACAAGACUGGAGGCUACGAGCACGUGGUUUUCCUGGGCAUUUACUGGGAGGAUGAAGAUCUACCUUGCAGUCGAGAGGUAUGUCGCUCUGAAGCGAUUUCCUCAACUCAAGUCACCGAGCCCAGAAUGGCUAUGGGUGCGCUUCUGACAUGGCUUGGAUAACAUAGGUAUCUCUCCUGGCUUCAUUCUUCGAAGCAGUGUUCCGGGCUAGAUCAAAGAUCUUUGCAAUCCCUAAGAUCAACAGUCAGAGCAGUCUCAAUGCCAUGAUGUCCAAGUUCGUCAUGGAGAAUCAGGGUGAAGGUCGAUUGCUAAUAGUGUAUUAUGGCGGGCACGGGACUUCGAGUCGUGGGUUGGCACUUUGGGCAGCGUGAGUUCGGCGCUUCAUGUUAUCUCAAUCCUUCUCAUCGCAGCCCUUACAAAUAAUGAAAUUUAUCUAAUCAAACUAUCGAGUCACAGCUGGGGGACAAAACGGCACCCCCACCGUCCCUCCCCACCGACCGUCGACUGGUUCCGCACCCAGCCGAUUCUCAUGAGCCCCAAUGACAGCGGCGACGUCCUUAUCAUAAUCGACGCCUGUCACUCCUCCGCAGCUGCUGGCGCCCGUGGCUCUGUCUCGAAUAGAAAAGUAGAACUAAUUGCCGCUGCCACUGUGAAUUCCUCCACCCCCGGUCCAGGCCAUCACUCCUUCACCAUUCACCUCAUCCGCACAAUGAAGGAGCUCAUAAUAUCCGAAGGGAGGUUUUCGGUCUCGACGCUGAAUCGGCAUCUUCAGCUUCGGGAGGCAUCUUUGCUUGCUACCCCUCAUUAUUCCGAUCUGUCGGCCAACGACUUACCGAGUAUCAUGUUGUGCCCAGCGGACGUGGGUGCUGUGUCGGCCAUACCACGUGAUGAGAGGAAAAAGAAGGCCAAGACGUAUUUGAAUCUUGUGAUUGGGAUUAACCAGGAGGUUGAUGAGAAGGUCCUCAUGGAGAUGGUUGCCUGGUUGAAGAAGUCGGCUCCUGGAGUUGUUUGUGAGUGUGAGAUGCUGGAUGUGUUGAGGAGGGUUGAGCGUGCUACUGUGGGGUCUCCGGGGUACGGAGCCAACAUGGAGGAAGUGGUGUUGGAUCCGGGGCUUUACCAGAGCUUGGGGCCAUCUAUAGAUGCCGGUGAUCUAGCUAAUAUUGCUAUCGGAAGAUGGGCAGAGUACUCAGGCACGUAAAGGUGCUUGGUUUGCUUCAGUGACAGCGCUUACAAGUUAUGGAUUUUGAAUAUUAGAGUAUCAUAGCCCUUCGACUUGACUUGGACAUUAUUUGUUCUUUUUUUUUUUUUUUCUUCUUCUUUGUGCUCUUCUAGACUUGGUAUGAUAGAGAAAUUGUUAGUGAGUUGUGGUCAAUCACGGAGGCCUCGGGAGUGUUGCAGGCGUCUUCUUUUGUUCUAGAGUUAUGGUGAUUUACAAAGAUGUUUCUCCAAAUGUCUUUUUAUUAUUAUCGCACGGGUAGGCAAGGUAAUGGGGGUAGACAUGGAGGCAAAGCGAUACGUGGGAUGAUCUAAGGAUGGUGAUGAUUUUAUGAUAAUAUUAUGUCUUAUAUACGCUACUGUCCCUACCGUUAUUUUAGAAAGCGACGAAGACGAGAGCGAAAUUUACGACCCACCUUUCGAACAAGUAUAAUACUCCAUAGCGGUCAAAUUCCCAUUCGAUCCCGUUCGCACUACCACUGCGCCAUCUGCCAGAAGGCUAGGAGAGGUGUCUCGGCUCAAACAAAUACUCUCCCUACGCUUAGCAAGGAAUUGUUAGAAGCGAUAACUUCCGGACAAGUUUUUAAGAGUCUUCCGCAAAUAAAUUGGAUUUUGAG